AUGACAAUAGAGUCACAUAGCACCGAAAAUCUAACCUCAAGCCUGUUCAUGGGCAACCACACCUCAAUGCUUCUUGCUAGCUGUCUCUUUUGCUUGGGUAGUUCUGCUUCUCUUCUCUCCAACCAUCCUUCAGAUCGUCGCCGUUCGAAGUACCAAAUCAUCCACACUCUUCGUACCCACACAGUUUCCGAUGACAAAAGCCACAACGAUGUCCUUCGACAAGAAGAUGAUGAUGAUGAGCAGCAACAAACUGGAACUGCAAUCUCAAAAGACCUCAUGAACAUUGCAGGUCAAGUCCUCAAGUCUCACAUCAUAUCUCUCGCCCCUCUGGUCCUUCCUGUCUCGGAAAAAGUCAAGUUUCUUGAAGCUUUUGUUGGAAGAAAGGUUUUGGGGUUCAAGAUUGAAGCUCAUGUUCCGAACUUCAAGGUAGCUUUUGAGCAAUUUUGCAUUCACGCUGGAGGGAGGGCUGUGAUAGAUACAAUGCAGAAGAAUCUUGAGCAAGAUUUGGACGUGGAACCUUCAAGGAUGACAUUAUAUAGAUUUGGGAAUACAUCUUCGAGCUCUCUGUGGUAUGAAUUAUUGGCUAUUCCCAAAGGAAGGAUCAAGAAAGGUGACAGAAUCUGGCAAUUGGCAUCUGGGUCAAGAUUCAAGAGUAACAGUGUAGUGUGGGUUGCAUUGGACAAUGCUGAUGCGGAUUCAUUGAACAACCACCUUUUUAUGAAUGAGAUUCAUGAAUAUCUUGUUUACAUUGCCUCUCAAAACUAG